AUGGAGCCUGCAGCCAUGGUCGGCACCAUCAACCAUGGGGAUAUUAGUGACGAUGAGUCUAUCAAAAACCAUGUACGUCAGCACCCUACUUUGAAACGUAUGCCUUCUUAUUAUACACCAGAUAUGGAGGAUCGUAUGCGACGGCGCUUGAAAUUCUUUUUCAUGGACCCCAUUGAAAAAUUGAAGGCAAAGAAAAGAACCCCAUGGAAAUUACUGAUACAGAUUGUUAAGAUUAUUUUAGUUACUGUUCAGUUAUACAUUUUUGGAGUUGAACGUGGCAGCUUUGUAGAUUAUGUUGAACGAAACACGAUUGCUUUGAAGCACUUAUUUCUAAAAGAUUGGAAUGCUGCAUAUGAAACACUUCCUUAUCCACCAGCCUCAGGUGUUUAUGCUUUGUAUGAAGUUAAGGAUUUGUAUGCUCACAUUAACUUUGCUGCAGAUCAAUAUAGUAAAAUGGAUACAAUAUCAGUUGGUGGAUAUCAUUAUUGGCAUCAAAAUGAAACAGAAGUUCCCACCAUCCAGAUGUGCAAAUUAAAUUAUAUUACUGGAGAAGUCCUUCCCAAUGGUAGUUUUGUGUAUGAUUCCAAGGUAACAGAAUCUUGUUUCCCAAUUUUGAAAGUAAGCUUGGAAAAUGGAACACAGGUUUUUGAUAUCAAACAGUAUUUGGCAGAAAAAAAGGCAUCUUUGGACUUUGACAGACUAUUACAGAUAAAUUUAAAAUUCAAAGUACAUACUGUCCGUUUAGACUUAGAGACACCACAUCGCUGUCCAUUAUGUUUCCUAAUGAAUGUCAAUAUCACUUUUAACAACAACAAUAGAGAUGGCCAGAUGUUGGUUUUGCUAAACCCAAACAUUAGUGAGCGACCUUGUCGUGGCAAAGUACUUUUUAAUGGUGGUGAAAAAAAAAAGAAAACUUGGAUGACAAUUUUUGAUAGUAUUGUUAUAUUCAUCAGUUCAAUGUCUUUCAUCUUAUGUCUGCGGUCAAUUUGGAGGGCACACAAUCUAAGAAAGGAAACAGCAGAUUUCUUUAAGAACCAAUUUCGAAGAAAACUACUUUGGUGUGAUGAAAUGGAGUUCCUGAAUAUGUGGUUUAUCUUGAUUGUUAUAAAUGAUUUUAUAACAAUUAUUGGUUCCAGCCUCAAGAUUCAGCUGGAGACGAGACAUCUGCAAAGUACAUCAGAGAAUUAUGAUUUCUGUGCCAUAAUGUUGGGUACUGGUAAUUUGCUCGGAUGGCUUGGUGUACUUCGUUAUGUUGGCUUUUUUAAAAAUUACAAUAUCUUGAUUUUGACAUUGAAACGUGCCUUUCCAAAUGUAAUUCGUUUUAUGAUUUGUGCUGUGUUGAUGUACUUUGGCUUUGUCUUUUGUGGAUGGGUCAUCCUGGGUCCUUACCACAUCAAAUUUCGGAAGCUGAGCACAACUUCUGAAUGCUUAUUCUCUUUGAUCAAUGGAGAUGACAUGUAUGUGACAUUCUCUGCCCUGCAAACCAGGAACACAUUCAUCUGGAUGUAUUCACGUGUCUACCUCUAUUCUUUUAUUGGACUCUUCAUCUAUGUCGUCCUGAGUUUAUUCAUUGCUGUUAUCAUGGAUUCUUAUGAGACUAUUAAACAUUAUUAUGAACAUGGCUUUCCAAAAAGUGACCUGUUUGCAUUUAUUGAAGAAUGCACUGAUCCACCAAAUUCUGCCAUUUAUCGACAAGAAUUACCUGGCUGGGAUUGUAGUACUGUUUUUUGUUUCUGUUGUCAACGGAAUAAUCCUGACAAUCCAGAUGAAACAACUCGCUUGAUAGGCUGA